AAGAUAGCUUCAUUUGAGUUUACCAUCACGGAAGUAGCCACUAAAGUAAACAUUUCCAGGCCGACAGCUAUAAUGUUGCAACUGCAGUUUACCAAAGAUACUUUACCAGAUUCUGUGAGCAAUGACUUUCAGAACUUGAACAAAUUCAACGAACAGCAAUUCACAAGUCUGACUGAGAUUCUUUUCAAUUUCCUGUUGGAGCCAAAAGAGGCGGACAGGUUCCUGCAUCAGCUGAGURAGUUUGCAGGAGAGAAUGGGAUGAGUGCAGGCCCACUGAGGAACCUCAUGAAGAGCCUCCUGCUGCUUCCCCAUGGUUCCCUGAAGAAAAAUCUGACAGAAGACCAAGUCAAAGAGGACCUUCUCACUUUAGGAGUCAGUGAAGACAAGGCAGACCAUUUUUCACAACAGUGGAGCCUCCACUACCCUGUGUUGUCCAGGCUGGCUGUAGGACAGACUCUGAUGGUCAACCAGCUGGUGGACAUGGAGUGGAAGUUUGGUGUGACCGUGGGGACGAGUGAACUUCAGAAAGUUGGAAACACCUUUCUACAGCUUAAGUUGGUCAUCAGAAAGGGGAACUCAACUGAAAAUGUCUACAUGGAGUUGACCCUCCCCCAGUUUUACAACUUUCUCCAUGAAAUGGAGAGGGCCAAAGCCAGUAUGGACUGUUUCAGCUGAACCUGAUCGCCAGUAGCAUGAGCAUGUACUGAAUAUGUGUCCUAGAGGGGCAGCAGAAAACAAAAGAGGAGAUGACAGUGAUUGACACUGGAUGGGUCCCAAUUGGCACUCUAUUCCCUUUAUAGUGAACAGGGGCAAUUUGGGACAUGCAUGCAGUUCAAAAUAGAACAUACAGAAUCUGAAUGAACCUUCCAGAUUCUCACUUACCAAGAUUUCAAUAUGUGUUGUGUUAUUUUGACAUUUGUCUUUUGAAAUGUGCACUAUUGGUUUGCAGUAGUGAUUUUGUGUGCAUGAGUAACUGUUCGUGAGUUUGUUUUUGAGAGAAAGUAUUAUAUUGUAACCCAAUGACUUUAAUUCCAUUGGCUGUCACUACAAGUGAUGUGAGGCAUACGCGUAACAAUUUUUUGCAAUCUCUCAUCAUUUAUAUUACUGAUUUGCUUAACUUUAUUUUUAACAAAAUCAAAUGGAACAUGAUUCACACUUGCACUUACUUUUUUCUCUCCAAAUAAAGUAUUCAGAUGUUGUCA